UUUAACACCGAAAAUUUCUUAAACAGUUAGAUGGAUGAAUGAAAGUCUUAAAUGGAUUGUUGUUCUUGAAGAAUUGUCUCUUCUUCAUGUCAAACAUUAUUCUCUCUUUUCAGGUGUGAAGAGGAGUUCCUUGAGGAAAUAUUAUGGUUAAUUUAAAGUAUUGCUUUUGCAUAAAGACUGAGCUGAAACCCUGAUUCUUCAAUCGGAAAUGAAACCUUCAAUGAGCUCCUCAUGGUCAGUGUAAACGAGGUGGAGGCCCUGCACGAAUUAUUCAAGAAGUUGAGUAGUUCUAUCAUUGAUGAUGGGCUAAUUCACAAGGUAUUUGAUCUUUUUGAUCAGAAAAAGAAUGGGGUAAUUGAAUUUGAGGAGUUUGUCCAUGCCUUUGGUACCUUCCAUCCUGAAAAAACCAUUGCUUCCAUGCUGUUGCAAUUCGACUUUCUGAUUUGAGAGAGACUGGAUUUAUCAAGCCAGAAAAGUCCAGCAAAUGGUAGUUGCCAUCUUGCAGGGAUCCAGCAUGCAGCUUUUGAACGAAUCGCAUGAAGCCAUCUUUAACAAGGCAAGAAACUUUCAUGUUGCAUCUUGUUCUUAAAAAACUUCUCUUGACUUGGUUCUUUUAACAGACAUUUAUUGAAGCUGAUGUUGAUAGGGAUGGCCAAAUUAACAAGGAAGAAUGGACAACGUUGGUUUUCAACCACCCUCUAUAAAGAACAUGACUCUCCCUUAAUAAGUACUCCUUCCAUUGUUGUAAAGCUUUAAGCAUCUUUAAUGUUUCAAAUGAAAAUUACAAUAACUUUUAAUAAUUUGUUCAGGGGAAUCGCCGGUGUUUCGAAGUUUUAUAUUCAACAAUAAAGUUGAUGACUAGGAAUCUGGCUUGCAGCUCUCUUCUUUUUGAGGCCAAAUGUUUUCA